GAACUUUACCCAAAAAUAAACAUCUACUUCAUUCAAUAAUUGUAAGUAAAGCUAAGCAGUUCAUAUUGUUAAACUAGAAAGUUCCAAAUCUGCCGAUCAAGUUUACAGACUCCUGUGGCAAAACUUUUAUAUAUAUAUAAUAACAUGGUGGCUCUAAAGGCAAUCGAAGUAACCAGAAGAUCCCAGGUUCAUCUUUCUUCUCAUAAUCAAUCAUAAGCCCCAGAUUCCGUUAAAAACCUCAAGAAAACGAUUUCUUCCACCAUAUCUUUCACUACAAAUAUAAGCACACGUCGUAAAUUUUUAGCAUUCAAAUGCUUUAAUGGGUUUCCUUGAUUCUGUCUUUGAAUUCUUCGACUGUGAUUGGCCAAGCCAUAAAAAGCUCAAAAAGAAGCCACUCCAGACAGUGGAGAUAAAAGUGAAGAUGGACUGCGAAGGAUGCGAAAGGAAGGUGAAAAAAUCAGUGCAAGGCAUGAAAGGGGUGACGCAAGUGGAGGUGAACCCUAAACAAAGCAAGCUCACGGUGGUGGGUUACGUGGAUCCCGAUAAGGUAUUAGACCGGGUCAGGCAUCGGACGGGGAAGAAGGUGGAGUUUUGGCCUUACGUGCCUUACGAUGUGGUGCCGCACCCUUACGCACCGGGGGCGUAUGAUAAGAAAGCGCCGCCUGGGUAUGUGCGGAAUGUGGUAGGAGAUCCUCAGGCCGGUGAGUUGGCCAGGGCUACCUCCUUUGAAGUGAAGUACACUACCGCGUUUAGCGAUGAGAACCCAAAUGCCUGUGUCAUCAUGUGAAAUAUUAUGAACCUCACCAUUGUAUAUGGUUGUGCUUUUUUUAAUCUUACUUUUUGGACGAGUUUUUAUUUAUUUAUUUAAUCUUUGUACAUUAUUAUUAGUGUGCUUUUGUUAGGAAAAUGUUGGAUCCCGCUUUGCAUUUUGUAUAUUAUAUUAGAAAACGAAAAUAUAUUUUUGGUAUAUUUUAUUA